CAUAAUGAUGCCUAUGGAAAUAAUCGGAAUGUGUCCGUAUUGCAAGCGAGGAGUGACUAAGGACCUGCAACCAGUCAAUAAUCCCAAUGAGACGUUGGCCCAGAAGAUGACUUCCGCCUUGGAGAAAACUGAUCCAGUUGAUCAGCACUAUUUAAAUAUGACUCAUGAACGCGAAGAAAAGAAGAAAUCCGAACUGAAGUGCGAUUGUAAGUUUCAUGGCAUCGAUCACGUUGACCAGAGCGGUCUAAUAAGGGCUCAUGAACGCGAAGAACAGAAGAAAUCCGAAUUGAAGUGCGAUUGUAAGUUUCAUGGCAUCGAUCACGUUGACCAGAGCGGUCUAAUUAGGGCUCAUGAACGCGAAGAACAGAAGAAAUCCGAAUUGAAGUGGGAGUGUAAGUCUCAUGGCACCGAUCACGUUGACCAGAGGGUUCCAAUUAGGGCUCAUGAACGCGAAGAAGAGAAUAAAUACAACUUGUGGGAGUUCCCAUUUAGGGCUCAUGAACGCGAAGAAGAGAAGAAAUUCAACUUUUGGGAGUAUAAGUCUCCUGGCACCGAUCACGUUGAACAGAGCGAUCCACGCAAAAGACAGAAGAUGUCCGAAUUUGUGUGCGAGUGUGUGUAUCGGUACCCUAGUGUUUCGAAUUACAUCAUUUCGAUUUACGCAAAGAAUGAGACAGAUCGUAAGCAAAAUGAAGAUGUCGAACUUUGCGUUUCUUGUCAUAAAGCCCUAGUGGCCUCGGUGCUGGUGAUACAUCAGAAAAUGGCACGGCAACCAGAGGCUACGUGUAGUAUGUGCGGCGGGCGCCGUCCGGAUUAGUCCGGACGGGCUUACAAAAAUGAGUAGCGAUUGAAACCUUUGCAAAAUUAUCCGUUACCAGUUACAUUCACAUCGACCCACGUGCUGACACACUACACGAGGACCACCAAAGCUACCACCCAGCGACUGCUCGAGUCUGCGCCGUGGAAAACUCUGCGACUGGGGUGGGGCCCACAAACACAUGAUGACUCUGACGCUGACUCGCCCUCGCCAUCGCAUCGGUUUUCGCAGUGCAGUUUGCAAGCUGCUAACUGGGAUUAGGCACGCCAUUGGACGCUCAUCCAACUGCUGUCCGGCGUUUCGCUGUACGGGCGUUAAAAGUUAACAAAAUGACGUAAGCCCCCGCGUACGAUGAGCCCCAAGCAACCAAAACUUGGCCAGCGUGUUGAGGUAACGGGUAAAAAUCUCCAGGGCCGUGUGGCCUAUGUGGGACGAACGAAUUUCGCCGCCGGUCUGUGGUACGGUGUGAUUUUGGACGAGCCGCUGGGAAAGAACAAUGGCACCCUUCAAGGCAGUACCUACUUCAAGUGCCCCCGCAAUUGUGGUCUGUUUGUGCGUGGCCAGCAGCUGCUGCUGAACAUUGGGGAGCAACCGAAAGAACCAGAUAAUCAGAAAACCGAUGAAAUGCAACGCAACGAAGGGGUGAGAGCCAAGCUGUUGCGCAGGAGUGGGGGCAUGUCUCUGGAGGAGCAGGACAACCAGCGAGAGCAGCUUGCCACAACAUCUGGCAAAGUUAAGGCGGUCUCCACCCCCCAAAAAAACUCUUCAGCCUCGCCCCACCACAGGCCAAAGGUGGUGCCAGGACAAACCCAAAAGGAUCAGACCCUGGCCAAGACAUCUGGCAAGUUCUUGGCAGCACAACAGCAACCAUUGCAGCUUCCCAAGAAUCCGAUGGAGCCCGAGGAGAACAAAAAGCUAGCAACUUCAGAGCAAACACAGAUGCUUCCCGAGAAGUCCACAGAGCUGGAGACAGCCGUUAGUCGGCAAGUACAAGCCGAGCAGGAAGUAAAGCCUGAAGAAGGGGAACUAAAACCUACCCAGGAAGUAAAGCCAGUGUCCAAUCCUCUCCACACCAGCACGCUUGGUCAGUUACCGUUCCAGAAGGGCGACAGCACAGCCGUUCAAUUGACGCCUCCGGCAAUGACAUGCAACCAGCGGCGUUCCACCUCGUACACCCAGUUGAGACCCACUAGGAUUAGUCAGCCCAAGCCGACGACAGCUCAGGCGCAGAGCUCCACGGCGCAGCUGACCCUCGCCAUGCCGGUGCCCCUGGCUCUGGCGCCAAAGCGCAGUAAGACCAGCAUCUGUCCCACGAACUCUGUGAAGCGAGGGGCUCCAUCUGCCUUUGUGGAGCCCGGGUUCCUGGAGAUACUGAGACCACAGUUCAUCCCAGGUCCGGCCCUUCGGACUCCCAGCACAAUGGCCACGCCGCCGGCGCCACCUGCGGACAAUCAGGAGUUGCGACAGCUGCGUGAGGAGCUGCAGAUGUUGAGGGGACAAAAGAGCGAGGACAAGUUGAGGCUGCUGGAGCUGGAGCGGAUUCGCAUACAGAACGACCAGCUGUUGGAGUUCAAAGCUCAGAUUAUGACGCAGCAUGUGCUGCUCCAAAGGGAGCUGCAGCGAUCGCGACAUGAACUGCGCGAGGCUCAGGACACGGUCUCUAAGUACAAGCGGGAACUGGACGAGGUGGCCGAGAGCAUAGAACUGCUGACGCUGGACAAGGAGAUGGCCGAGGAGCGCAUGGAAACACUGCAAAUGGAACUGGAGAUAGCGCAAGAGCGCAACGACGAACUCAGUCUGGACGUGGAGAUCCUUAAGGCGGAGCAGGAGGAGCAGCAGGGCCAGCGCAUCGAGAAGACUGAGAAGCAAGCUGCAGUCGGUGGCACUCCCCAGUCCGCUGGAGAGUUCCUGCGUCUGGAGCAGUACAAUCAGCGGCUGCGCGAGACUGUGGUCCGGCUGAGGGAUACCCUGGCCCAGGAGAAGCAGCAGGCCCAGCGGUCCCACAAGGAACUGGAGACGAAGCACUCGGAAAUAAAUGAGCUGAAGAGCAUCAAGGAACUGCUGAGUCGACGAGUGGACCACAUGGAGGUACAGCUAAUGGACCUGAAAGAGCAGGUGGACGCCUCUUUGGGAGCCGAGUCCAUGGUCACACAAUUGGCCAGCCUCAAAUUAGAGCUGGAAGACCGCGUCAAGCUGCUGGAAGACGAAGUCAACGAGCUGGAGGCCCUCGAACAGAUCCAGGAACAGCUCAUCGAGAGCAACCAGGAACUGGAGACGGAUCUGCGCGAGGAGAUCGAAAAGAUGGCCGGUCAGGUGAAGAUCCUGGACCAACAAAAGCACGCAGCAAUGGAGAGCCUCUACGAUCGCGACGUGACCAUCAUGAAGUUCCGAGAUCUGGUCCGCCAGCUCCAAGAACAGCUUCAACUGAGGGCCGACGGUACUCUAUCCAUCGAGGACUUUAGCAGCGCCAACGAGUCCCAACAGGAGGAGGCCUCGAACCAGAGCCAAAAUGACUAUCAGCACAUCUUCAGCGUAAGCAAGGCCUACGGACGGGCCCUGGAGCAGCAGAUCAAGGCCGUGGAGCUGCGCCUGCAGGGUCAGCACUUAGACUACGUCCUGGCCUUUGUCCCGGAACAGUUUCUGCUGCGCGGCGGUGAGCACGACGUGGUCCUGGUCAUGCUCUUGCUGGAGCGAAUGAACGAGAAGCUGACCAUCGUCUGCCAGGCCAUCAACGAAAAGUUUCCAACGGCCUGUGAGUUUGGUCGGGAUGCCAUAUUUGAGGGUUACUCAGUUCAGCGUUUCAUCUUCCGCUCGCAGUGCGUCUACCUGCUGAAGAGCCUUCAGGUGGUGCUCCAGCAGUUUCGCCACGGCCUCAACCACUGCGACUACGAGCUGUGCACCCAUGCGGCCAUCUACCGCAGUGACCUGGAGACCCAGGAGCAGCAGCUGGACGAGUUCGUGCGUCUGCUGAAGACGGGCCACCUGGACGAGCACACCAACUGCGAACCGAUUCAGAGAGUGCUGCACUAUGUGAACGCAUUGCACCAGAACCUUAUGCCGCCUCAGGCUCUGGUGGAGCUGCUGGACGAACAGCAGCUGUAUGCGGCACUGAUUGAGGUGUACGAGGCCGGACUGGAUGCGGUGAAUGCCAACGCGGGACUGAUGCACACGAUCAUCAAGUUGGGGCACGAGCAGACCGCGUCGUUCCACUGUAUGCAGCUGCUAAUGGAGCAGAGCUGCAGCCAAAAGCAGAAGCUGAAGAAGCUGCAGCGGAAGCUGAGUGGAAGCAAGACGGCCGCCUGGACGGGAAUGCAGUGUGCCCGGUAUCAGCGCAUCUUGGAGGCGAAUGAGGCACUCGGCGCACUGAUCACUAUCCUGGGCGCGACAGCCCGCGAGGCCAGCAAGGAGUCGAAUGGGGGAAUAGCCCACGAAAAGCUCUGGCGGAUGCUGGUCCUCAACUACAAUAAGUUUGCCCCCACCCAAGAGGCAGACGAACUGAAGGAAGUGGAUGCCUACAGCCAGCGUUGCAUGCAACUGCUGGAGGAGCAGCUGGACGAGCUCUUCGCCCUGCUAGAGUCUACCGAUGUCAACACGGAGUAUGUGCGCCACCCGGCCACCAAUACUCUUCAGGAGCGGGCCGCCCAGGUGAAGCGUCACUACGAGGAUGUCAAGAGCUUCGAGCUGACGGUUGGGGAGCGCGACAAAGAGAUCAAGGCUCUCAAGUACACGGCCAAGAUGAAGCAGCAGGACUACUCGGAGCUUCAGAUACGCAAGGAGAUGGCCGAAAAGCAGCUCAGCAAGCAGUGCCUCAUGCUCACUGGCAUAGCCGAGACCGCCGAACAGCUGGAGCAGUGCAUGCUCUCCAAAGAGGCGGCCCUCAACCAGACCAUCAGUAUGCUGGCCGAAAAGAUAGCGACCCUGGAGCAGGCCCAGCAGCACUGGCGGGAACAGCAGCAGGCGGACAGCGCCUGCGUGACUAGCUCCACUCUGAGCAGCAACCGGGAACUGAACAUGCUUCAUCACGCCCUGCGGCAGGAGCGCCAGCUUCGGGUGCAGCUUCAGGGCAGCGAGAUGCGCAAGACUUUCGCCUCCCUGGAGCCCUUGCAUGUGCCUCAGUCGAUCAGCAGCAGCAACAGCAGCCAGCUGAUGAUCCUCGAGAAGGAUCUGCGCUCGUUGAAGAACCAGUGGCUGUUAGCGCAUCUGGAACUGGGGCCCACCGGCAACCAGAAGCGUAGUGAGAUCGAGCUGCAGGGCAGCCGCAUCCUGCGACAUAUCUUCCAGACAUAUUGCACACAGCAUCCCUAUCGGGCCAAGGAUACGGACUUUGGACUGUUUAUUAGCGAAGAUAUGCGUCGAGCAUUUGGGCCAAGUUUCUAAACAUGCACACACACAAAUACAAACUAGUAUUCCAAUUCAAUUUCGAUCAUAACAAAGGUACAUGUGAUUCGCUGCUUAUAUACAUACAGUACAUACAGAUAUCUACACACAGAGAUACAGAUAUAUGUAUGGCAAAAUGUACAAUUAUAUAGUUCAUUUCGUGUUUAUUCGGUAUUAAAGAAAUUAUACAGUACUCGUA